UAAUUGGGUUAGGUAGAGCCAGGAGGAUUUCUUGUACGCUGUGUGUGUGGUGUGGUUCCAUCCUGUCCUCUGUCUUUUCCUCACAGCGCCGGCCAGCGGCUCACACGGCAAGGAGCGCCCACCAGAUUUGGUUCCCUGCUUGUAGUCAGUUUCCAACUACAACUCCUCACUUGAGUCCUUCACAGCUCUGAUCUUCCUAAUUUUAUUUCCAUCGCCUGUGUAUACCAAAUCACACAAAAGCCAUGGCAGAAAAAACCGAAAGAACCGAUCUGAUACAGAGGGCCAAGCUGGCAGAGCAGGCAGAACGAUAUGAUGAUAUGGCAGCCAACAUGAAGGAUGUAACAGUAUGCGGAGCGGAGCUGUCCAAUGAAGAAAGGAACCUUCUUUCUGUUGCUUACAAGAAUGUGGUUGGCGCAAGGAGAUCUUCUUGGAGGGUCAUUUCUAGUAUUGAGUCGAAGUCGGUUGAAUCGGAAAAGAAGUCGCAGUUGACUAAAGAAUACCGGGAGAAAAUAGAGAGCGAGCUCAAGAGUGUUUGUGAGACGGUUUUGAAUCUGCUUAAGGAGUACUUGAUUCCUAAAGCCACACAACCAGAGUGUAAAGUAUUUUACCUGAAGAUGAAAGGGGACUAUUACCGGUACCUUUCAGAGGUGGCGACUGAGCCUGAGAGAACUGAGACAAUAGAACUCUCACAACAAGCUUAUCAAGAAGCAUUUAACAUCAGCAAGGAGAAAAUGCAGCCAACCCACCCUAUCCGCUUGGGCUUAGCCCUAAAUUUUUCCGUUUUCUAUUAUGAAAUUCUUAAUAGCCCAGAAAAGGCUUGUUCACUAGCAAAGACUGCAUUUGAUGAAGCCAUCGCAGAACUAGACACCCUUAAUGAAGACUCCUACAAAGAUAGCACUCUUAUCAUGCAGCUACUUAGAGACAACUUAACAUUAUGGACGUCGGACACCACUGAAGGCAACGAUGGCGGUGAACCAGAGGAGACCAACUAACUGGUGCAGUGCAGCACACAUCUUUCCCCGAACAACCCUUUUUACACGUCUCCAUUCCUAAUCGCUCCACGUGGAUUUCCUAUAGCAAAGAGUCCAUCCAUGUGUAACGGAAAUAAAGUUUUUAGUUUCUUCACGCUGCAGCUUUGGGAAACUCCUUUUUUGUUUUAAUUUUUUUUUUUUUUAUGUUGAGGUCGUUAACUUUUUUUGGGUGUGCGGUUACUGCUGUAGAGAAGUAUUAAUGGUUUCACUUCAUGCUAAAAUUUAAAAAAUAUAUAUAUAUAGAAAAUGCACAUAAGUAAUUACAGGACACUUAUGUCAAGGACUUGAAAUUUUUCUCAUAUUUAAAUAGAAAAAUUUGAACCACCAGUUUUUGCAACUGAUGUGUUGUGUAUUAUAAUGUACAAUGUAGAAAACUGCUGCAGCCAAUUCUGGUUGUGGUGAUUACCCUCCCCCCUUUUUAUUGGUUGGGCCCACAAUACUUUUAUUUUGCAAAGCUUUUUUUUUUUUUUGUCUUCCCCAUUUUUCCACCCUGUAAAAACCCAAAGUUGUACAUUCAGGGGUAGUGAAGGCAAUUAAAUAUUGGGUGUGGCUAUUGAAUUACAUGUAAUUGCUGUUAGCAGGUUCUGUGUACUUUCUAUCUAGCAGCUGUUCAUUGAAAUCAGUGGCUGCUGACAGCAAAUGUGGGAAACUUCCCCCCCUUUUUCUUCCUUGCUGCUGUUCAGUUGACAAACCUGUGCCUAUUCCAAUAAACCCUUCAUUACACUCCUGGCCUUGUUGUCCUGGUGUUCACUUGGCAUGUAACAGAUGCAUGUUAUGCACACAGUAAUCUGCGGUGUAAUCAUUUCAGUACACUGGAACUUCAGGGUUAAAGGAAGCCACUUAAAUAGUUUUUGAAUGACACGUUUAUUUUUACAACUUCCAGAUGUAUUCCUGUAAUGAGGGUGUCGCAUUUUAUCCUGUGAUUGUUUGAACACCUCAGUUGGCUUGUUUCUUGUCAUUGUAGUUCCACAUGAGAAGAAAAAAAUCUUGUGCAAUUUAUCCCUUCUGUUAUUGGAAAUUAUGUAUGACAAUAAAAGACAUUUUGUAAACCA